UACCCUAGCUUAUUACAUGCAUUUUCCUCCAUUAAUAAUAUCUCCUAUGGAAGUUUCAACUCCAAGAUCACCCUUACAGCCUCCAACCUUCGGAAACUUAAUCACCAUUCUUAGCAUCGAUGGCGGUGGUAUUAGAGGACUUAUACCUGCAACAAUUCUUGGCUUCUUAGAGUCUGAGCUUCAGAAGCUGGAUGGUGAGGAAGCAAGAUUAGCAGACUAUUUUGAUGUAAUUACAGGGACAAGUACCGGCGGUUUGGUGACUGCUAUGUUAACCGCACCAAACGAGCAAAAUAAACCUCUAUUUGCGGCUAAGGACAUUAAAGAUUUCUACACUGAGCACUGCCCUAAAAUCUUUCACCAAGAUACCUCUCCAUUUGCUCCUGCUGCGAACUUAGUCAAGUCUUUAACCGGACCCAAAUAUGAUGGCAAGUAUUUACAUAACAUUGUUAAGGAAAAAUUAGGCGAUAUACGAAUUGAUCAGACCUUGACUCAUGUUGUGAUCCCUACGUUUGAUAUCAAGCACCUCCAACCUACUAUCUUCUCUAGCUAUGAGGCCAAGAAAAACCCAUCCAUGAAUGCCCUUCUAUCAGACAUAUGCAUAGCAUCAGCUGCUCCAACUUAUCUUCCUGCUCAUCGUUUCGAAACCAAAGAUUCGACAGGCAAAGUAAGGGAAUUUGAUCUUAUUGAUGGCGGUGUGGCUGCAAAUAAUCCGGCUUUGGUAGCUAUGAAUGCUGUGAUGAAAGAAAUUAUGGAUAAAAAUCCUGACUUCUUUCCGAUAAAGCCAUUGGACUAUAGCCGAUUUCUGGUGCUCUCACUGGGGACUGGUUGGCCAAAAUGUGAAGAAAAAUAUAAAGCUACUGAAGCGGCGAAGUGGGGUUUGUUCGGAUGGCUAACGAGUGGGCAUUCAACCCCAUUAACGGAUGUUUUUGUGCAAGCUAGUAGCGAUAUGGUUGAUUUUCUUUCAUAUUGCACUGUGUUUAAAGCUCUUCAUUCUGAAGAAAAUUACAUCCGAAUUCAAGACGAUACCCUAACCGGUAACUUGUCAUCAGUGGAUAUUGCAACAGAAGAAAACUUGAACAAUCUUGUGAAAGUAGGUGAGGAGUUACUCAAGAAACGAGUGGGAAGAGUCAACUUGGACAGUGGUGCCUUUGAGCCUGCUUAUGAGGCUACAAAUGAACACUCCCUCAUAAAGUUGGCUAAAAUGCUGUCAAGGGAGAAGCAGGUUCGUGAAGCCAGAUCACCACAUUGAAAAACCAUUGUCAUGGAUUUUCUAAGCAACAUAAAAGAAGGGUCGUGAAUACUCAAUUCGUCAAUUAAAUGUUUACUUUGUCGACAAUUGUUUUCCAAACGCGUGAAAGACUUUCUAAGCAACAUUGGCAACACUGAUCAGUGACGACGAGUUUAGACGACCACGAACUACAGCAUCAAGAUCUUUUUUUCUUUGUUUUUUUUUUU